CUAAAUGGUAAUCUGUGUAGUAUAAAUAGAGGUCCUCUCGCUGUACUAGUUGGUCACAUCACUCAUCCAUCUUCAUUCUCACUUCAAACUCCCCAACUCAGCUCCUCAUCCCAGACUCUUCACUUCCAACAACUAAUAUGAAGUUCACCGCUCUUGCCACCGCCAUCUUUGCCCUCAGCUUCGGUGCCGAGAUGGCUACCGCUGCUGAGUGUUGCCAAAUGAAGGUCUGCGAUAAGAUGAACCUUGGGGGCAACUGCAAGCACGGUUGCUAUCCUAUCAGGAAGACGGCCAAACUCAACUUGAGUGGACUCAAGUCGUCAGUCUCUUCAGCCAAGACUGAGAACAGAUGCUUCUGCACCAUUGGAAAGGAGGUGUAUGUAUCACGCAACAGUAAACGCCCUUCACCUGGUAGCUAACACUUCGAGUAGUGAAUCCUGCAUGGAAGUUACC